CUGAGCGAAGCUAUUCCGAUCCCGCAGGCCUUCCAUUAACCGCUCCUAGCGGGUCCUUCUACGAUCCGCUGUUUCUUGGCUCGCUUCUUUCACAUCUACUUCGCGUUUUCCUCACUCCCUCCUGCCAGCUGCCAGGCCGCCGUAGCGACGCUGCGUAGUCGUCAAGGCUCCCAUUAGUACGUCACAAUAGUGCGCCGAAUGGACGCCGUGCCACACUGCUCGGGAGGGCAGGCGCGCGUUGAUGACGUCAGCCGCGCGGUCUCAAUCUGCUGGGGGAGUGUGAGUGUGACAGGGAGCCAGCAGGACAGUCAGGUGAGACAGGUAGAACCCAGGGGAGCUAUAUGAGUACAGAGUACAGAGUACAGAGUACAGAGUACAGAGUGUUAUUAUUACCAUGUCUAGUAUUACAAUACCCAACCUGUGUGUUUUAAGCCAGAGAGCAAUUUGAGUUAAUUCUUUAAACUGUUAGCUCUAAAUAUUCACGUUAUUGUAUCUGAUAUGUUUGUAACUUUAUAGAAUUACUACAUUGGGGUGAUAUUUACAUUAGCUUUUGUUGUGAUAAAAAAUAUAUAUACUUUAUUUUUUUUUUGCCAUUUUUAUUUUUUUAUUCCACAACUUAAAAUGAAACUUUUGGCUACUCUGCUCAUUACACUACUGAGGGAAACUUUUAAAAAUCACCUUUUACCUUGUGUUAACAUUUUUCCUGGGAUGCUACAUUUUCUAUUCAAGGAGCACUCUUAAGCAGCAUAACCAGUACAGUACUAUGUAGUAGUUAUGGUGGGCUGUAUAACAUGGCGUCCACAUCCUCCUAGUGUAAGAAGUCAAACUGUUUUAAAACAUCGGGAUGCUACUCUUCGUGCCUCCUUGAUGAUUGGGAUAACUUAUGUGUUGUCCACAUGAAUUUUCACUCCAUGGUUUUGCAGGAGGUGCUUGUAGUGGCGUAGGACUAACUCUGUAACUUUUGACCAGCAACCUUGGACAUAAAUGAAAUCUAGGUUAGCUCCCCAUCCAGUCUUGUUGUUGAAGCCUUUAAAAAUAUGUACUUCCACCAACAUAUACUGAUCCAGGGAUACUUGACUGAAAUGACACAGGAAAGUAUUUCUGGGGAAUUCUUAUAUUUUAUUGUGCCUAUCUGGUCUGACCUCUGAUGGAGGAAAAGAACUUGUCCUAACUUCUUCUGGAUCCAAAGAACUCUCCCCCUGGAAAAGAACUCUGUAGCUAUGAUUGUGUCAAAUCUGGCUCCCAGGUCAAUCUUUUGAUGAUUUAUCAGUAUCUACAGUGAUAUCGGUUUUUGUUCCAGUAGAGACUUACUGAGGAAAGAAUUAGGAUGUUGUCCAGAUAAUGGAAAAGCAUUUUAUUUCCUCAUUCCUGACACCAAAGCCAUUAGAAUCUUUGAGAAGGUUUGUGGGGCUGCAUUCAACCAGAAAGAAAGAGCAUAAAACUAGAAAGGUCUAAUUGAGACCUGGAAAUAAGCAUCUUGGAGAUAAUCCAGUCCAAUGAUGCCACCACUUUGAUCAAGAACGCAGAUUCCAUCUUGAAUCUCUCUAUGUCUAGGAAUAUCUGGAGACUUUUGGUGUGAGGAAGAUUCUGAAGUAAAACACUUGAUUUUGGUAAAGAAAGAGACCUUUUGAGAUUACUUUUUGACUCAGCAGAGUGGAGGCAAAAUAUGUCAGUGCUACACACUAUCCUGAAUCGCAGGCAAAGGGACUGGAGAAAGUCCAUCAAGUAGCCAUCUCCCAAAAUACAAAGAAUUAUGGCAUCUUGAAUAAACCACGACCAGACCUCUGUAAACACACUCGAGGAUGAGCUAGGAUCUUAUCAUGCUUGGAGUGUCCAGUCUUCAAGGAAGACUGGCCUUAUUUCCAUUGUCGAAAAUCUUUGCCUGGAUAAUGCUAGAUUGUCUCCCUGUAAGAUCCUGAGUGCCAUAAAGAUCUCCUGUCGAAUGUUGGGACUUUACAUGGUCCUCUCUCUUGUGGCAAAAAGGCCAUCCGCCUACUUGAUGCUUUCAUUAAGAUACUUCGCAAAAGAGCAUUUCUCUGUGAAGGGCAUUGCACACAGGCUGUUCUUUGUUGCCACGUCUGCUACCCAUGACCUUAGCUACAUGGUCCUCUUCACCAACACAGAUUGAACUAUGGAACAGUAGAUGGACCAAACUGGUCCACUGGUGCUUCAGAAGAAAAUUCAGAAGCCAGUUUAAAUUUGUUGUGGGACUCCAUGAUCUGGAAGCCCCAUAAUGUGGCAGUGUCUCCGACCAGUGUCUCCGACCAGUCCUCCACCCAAUCUGAUCCAUCAGAGAGCCUGGGCCUUUUUGCUUGCUUUGCCAGCUUCUUUUAUUCAUUGUGAUUCAGCCUUAUUGAUGUCAUCAGACAUCUGGAGAGACACUAGAUGUACCCAUAGCAGCACACAAAUGCUUUCCUCACAGGCGUUGUUGCACGCUUCAUAAUACACAUAUUUAUCCUUCCUUUUGCGUUAAGAAUCUGAAGAACAAACCCAUCACUUGCUCUUUUCAAAUUGCAUAGUGAGGGAUACAACAAUUAUUGGCUUACCUAAAACCUUUUGUGGUGCAUGCUCUUUAUAGACCAAGAUGGUGAACUCCUCUUCAGCAGCUGAAGACAUGAAGAAUAUCAAAGAAAUAAGAAGAGGCCAAACAUAAAGUAAAAUAUACCUUACCUAUAAGGUCCAAUAAACAAGAAAGAAAUAAAAUACUGCAAAUCUAAGAAAAUAUACUGCCACUUUAAAAUAGGGGGGAAUAUACAUUUCCUUCCAUACGUGUUAUGGCAUAACCAUGCGUCACACACAGAAACUAUGGAGCCAAGCCUAGAACUAAAAUGGCCACCAUAAGAGCCUAUGGAGCCAAACCUUAGCCACUGUAGCUAUAAAUGCUGCGAAAACAAACAAACAAAACCCACCCAUUUGGAAAGUUAAAAUAAAUAAAAAGGGUUGAGUACCACUGCACAUAGGAUAAACUUUCCCCUCAUGAGUCCAGGGAAGGAGGGACCAUAUAGCUGCUACCAUACAAGGUCACAGCAGCUGUAACCCCCCAAUUGCUAAUGAGGCUUUCAGGGGUCACCCCUCUUCAGUGUCAUGCCUAAGAGAUAGAAAGGCUGAGCGUCCCUGGGAUAAGGGCUAAAGGACACAGGUGAACAAAAAAUAAUCAUAAGCAAAAUGCUACCUAUCCCAAGAUGUUGACAGGGAAGGGGAUCUACUUUAUUAAAUUUGUUUACUUGUUCAAUACUUGUGAAUAUGCAGGAUAUGACUGAGUAAGAUGAUUUAGAAGAAUAUCUAACUCAGAUAUGACAAUUUCUUUUCUAAACACUUUGCUAUGCUGUUUUGUAAUGAAUUACUCUGUUUCCUUAGCUUGCCAAUUUCCAGUCCAGUUUGUUUUGGUGAGUUUGUCAGUGAUGGAAGUGUUGCGUAUCAGCAGAAUAUUGAAACUAGACAUCCAGAUUCUUUAAUAUAAUCGACAAUGUGCAGGAGUUACAAAAUGAAAUCCACAAUACCUCAAUAAGAAACUUCUUGGAUGAUGACCAUUUUGAUGGAGCUAGAACAAUUGUAAUGUUUUGUCUUUUCAUGAAUUACACAAAGCCACCAUAGACCCUAUAUCUCUGCGUUGAACCCUGAGUAAACCCUAUUUCUGCUUCCUUUUAGAAAUCUAUCACAACAUGGAUGGGGAGAAGAAAAUGGUAGUUGUGGAAAAUUUUGUGGAAUAUCAUCUUUUCUUAGUGUCUGAAGAGCCCAGUGAUCCAGAGCAACGAAAGCAAAUCCUUAAACAAUACAUAGAGCGCAUACUGGCUACGUUUGCACCUUUUUUAGCACCAUAUAUUUGGCAAAACCAACCAUUUAAUCUCAGAUAUAAAAGCAAAAAAGGUACUUAAAAGUUGUUGGUAACAUGACACUGUGUACAGAAUCCAUGUUGAAAAAAUGCAUAGAUGGUUUUCUGUAUAAAAUACAUUAUAAUCCAAAUGUUAUUCAGAAUGACAUGGUGAUUUGUUAUAUAUUAUGAGUAUGUAAAUUCAUGCAAUAUUUAAUUUUUUUGUAAAUUUAAUUCCAUUAAUCCAAAUAAAUUGAACUUGUGCCUGCAGAAACAUGCACUUUUUCACAGCAAAAACAUUAUAAAAUAAACAUGUAAUGCUCAGUACAGAAAAAAACUGUAAUCCCAUUGUUAAAGGGACACUAUAGUCACCAGACAGCUACAUCUUAUUGUAUGUGUUCUUGAGGGUGCUAUGUACAACAUAUCUGCUCUCCACAGCGAACUGGUAGUUAAGUUCUACAUGAGUUCGCCGCCUGAAAAGAGUAUCACAUGCUGACUAUUGAUUUCUAUGUAUUUCUCCCCAUCGUAAUUUUUUUCCCCCACUCUUGUGUCAAAACUAAUCUUAGCUGUACCACUAUUCCAAUCUGCCAUUAUUCUCUCAUGUAAUUGUAGGUUUCCAAAAUACCCUUAAAGGGACAAUAUAGUUACUAAGACAACUACAGCUUAUUGUAUUUGUUCCGGUGAGUAGAAUCGUUCCAUUCAGGCUUUUUGCAGUAAACACUGUCUUUUCAGAGAAAAUGCAGGGUUUACAUUAUAGCCUAUGGAUACCUCCACUGGCAACUCCUUAAAUGGCUACUAGAGGUCCUUCCUGGGGCAGUGCUGCACAUUUCAGUGUCUCCAUGAACUUUCCUCAUAGACAUUAAUUGAUUCAGUGCAUCUCUAUGAUGAGAUGCUGAUUGGCCAAUGCUGUGUUUGACUUGUGCCUACUCUACCCCUGAUCUGCCUCCUUGACAGUCUCAGCCAAUCAUAUUGGAAAGCAUUGUGAAUGGCUCAGAGAAUCUCUUGUGAUGAUGUCAGCCAAGCAGGCAGAUCAGAGGUCAAGCAGCAGCAGACUGGAGUAAAGGUAAAAGUUUACUCUAUUUAUGGGGGCAAGGGGGGUUAAAUGGUGUUUUUAACAUUAUAGGGUUAUGAAUACAUGUUUGUGUUCCUGACCCUAUAGUGUUCCUUUAAUCUGCAAAUUUGAAACACAAACAUGUUUAAUUUCAAGGGACACUAUAGGCAUCCCAACCACUUCUCAAUUAAGUGUACCAUGUCUCCCCCAUUUUAAUCCUGCAGCUUAAUUGCAAGGUUUAACUGCCUCAGAUGAUUGCCAUACUGAUAGCCAAUAGAGGCCUUUUUUUUUUUUGGCAAUAUAAUGGAGUAACCAUCUGAUCUGCACAAUGCAGCCUUUUGCACUAGCAUCUGAAUGCUUUCCUAUGGCAAAGCAUUGGGUUGGUUGAGAUCAUCAAUCUGAUAGCCAAGGAGGCACGACCAGCCAUGGACAAAGCAGUACGGGUUGGAUGCACGAUAAGUUAAAGGGACACUUCACUGCCCUAAUGGAAAAAAAAGUACAAAUCAUUGUCUAGUAGAUAUACCUCUAAUGCAUGCAUCCCCAGUGCAAUCUCCUUACAGAGGCGUGUGCUACACUGCUCUAACACCCACCUCUCUCCACCCGCUCUCUUCACUGAUUCACUUCCUCAAUGACCUCAAAACACUGGCUUUGUUAAUGAAAUCCCUCUGUUUCUGCACUCCCUAUCCAGUGCUAGCAGUUCUGGCUAGAGAGUUAUAUAGAAACUACAGUGCAUUCACCCAGGUUGCUAUGGUGCCUGUGGGUGGCCUCUUCUGCUCUCCUUUAUCAAUUGGUUUUUCCGCAUGGAGUGUAUACCGACGAAUUGAUUGACAAGUCGGAGAAAAACCUAGUUCAAGAACUGCUAGCACAAUGUAUAGAUAGCAUUGUGUGCUCUUUAAAAGAGCAGAAGUAGUUUUGGGCACUACAGUUACCCUUUAAAUAUUACAUUCAAAAUGUCACAGCCCUGAACUCAAUAUGUGUGUCGUACACUUUGAAGUGGCUUGAAAACCACUGAGGUAGGCAACUCAUUCUUCAAUUGGAAAUUUAAGUCGUAACGCAUUCUUUAUCUGUGAAAUAGCUAAUAUUAAUUCUCGCAAUUAAAAAAAACAAAAUAAAACGUCAUUAGGCUCUUACCAAUGUCAGGGAGUCUCACUUGUACUGGGAUAAGCAGUCCUGCUGCAGAAACCACUUUUUAUUUAUUUGGUUCAAACUGUUUUAUUCUGUUUUAUUGUUACUCAGGUAAUACUCCAGCUCAUAUUGGAGGAAUAACCUACUUUGGGGAUAAUAUUGAGGACGAGUGGUUCAUUGUGUACCUUAUCCAAGAGAUUACCAAGCAAUUCCCAGAACUGGCAGCAAGGUAAAGUUUCCUGUUCGUUAUAUUGUCUGAACACUGGUUUACUUUGUUGUUUUUUGUUUUCUUUUUAGAGUGGGGACUUUGUGACAAAAGCAUAUUAACCCCUUAAGGACCAAACUUCUGGAAUAAAAGGGAAUCAUGACAUGUCACACAUGUCGUGUCCUUAAGGGGUUAAAGGGGAACCAUCACAUCUCUGGAGAUUACACCACUGAAUUAAAAAAAAAAAAAAUUGAAAAGAAUAUAUAACUUGUGUUAACUUUUUCAUGUAGAGUUGUUUUCCAUGUUCCCGAUAAUAAAGAGAGGAGAUUUUUUUAUUUUUUUUAUGACCAAGGGAGAAAGAAUACUAGUGGGUUUUUUCGGCAUUUUUUUUUUUGUUCUGCCAAUCUACUUUUUUUUUUUUUAUAUAUUUGUAUUUUUGUUGUAGGAUUACAAGCUGACUUUGUGAGCCACAACAGCUAUAGAAAGCAUUUUAACAGGCACAGAAUUACAUUUGUAUGGCAUAACAGAUUGCUCAUUUUUUAAGGUAUGAUGUAGCGUUAAGUCACAGGGGUUAGCGCAGUGGGACUGCGUCUGAAGACAACAAUGAAAGUAACCCUCUGAAAACUGAAGUGAUAAUUGCUUAACCCCUUAAGGACACAUAAUGGAAAUAUUCCGUCAUGAUUCCCUUUUAUUUCAGAAGUUGUGUCCUUAAGGAGCUAAAGUAAUACAAAGAGUAUGAAUACCAAUCAAAGAAUACCUCCUUUUACAGAGGAGUGUGUAUAACAGAGAGUUUUAACAGUGAUUUCCAAGCUGCUCAAUACACUUAUGUGGAAGUAUCCUCUAUUCCACAAAACAAAAUUGAAAUAAUUAGUGAGGUGUAAGUGAUAAAAGACUUAUACCAGUAAGUGGAGCGCUUUUAGUACAUAUAGCUUACCAAAUGGUUUCUCAUUCAAUAGUAGAGUACAAAGUGCAUGUCAAAAGAGAAAUAUAAAACAAAAUAUAUUUAAAGGACUUUUUAUUAAGGACUUUUUUUAUUACUAUUGUUUUUAUUUUUGUUUUAUAUUUGAAUAAAUGUAUUACUUUAAGAUCCUUUUAAGUCCUUUCUUCAGGAAACCUCAAGAGUAUCUUCCCAGGGGUAGUGUCAUCCCCACUCAAAUUGGCACAACACUUAUAUACCUAGAGCUGGGACCCACAGGCUCAGGACCAGGUGAGCACACCACUUAUUUUUAAAUAAUACAGUGUUCUUAUAAACACCAUCUACACAUUGGUCUGCUUCUCCUAUUUUUAUCUUUGAGAAAUACCCCACACCGAAGGAGACGGGUGGUGCUACCCCCAAAAUAAGCACACACGCCAAAAUACGGAGCCAGUGUUUCUACAUACAGGCUCCCUAAAACGUGAGUGUUCCAUUUAUCAAGACACCACCAUUAUACUCUUAUUUUAUUUCAUUUUAAAACCGUCUGCACUAUAUUGUAUUUUUUAUAUUUCUCUUUUGACAUGCACUUUGUACUCUACUAUUGAAUGAGAAACCAUUUGGUAAGCUAUAUGUACUAAAAGCACUCCACUUACUGGUAUAAGUCUUUUAUCACUUACACCUCACUAAUUAUUUUAAUACAAAGAGUAGAAUGGAUUAAACUUUCCAGCUCUAAGAGGUAUAAGUGGGUAAAAACUAGUUACUUGCAAUGAGCUGGGUUGCAAUAAAGAGUCAUUUCACCCAAGAGCCCCCUGUAGUUAAAUAGUAAGACUCCAGGUAGAGCUCAGAAGAUUAUGGACACACUCAAGAGAGUUGUGUUUGAAUAGCGACCUAAAACAUGGUAAGCAUAAUGCAAGCUGGUCGUAAAUGAGGCAUUUAUAGGAUAAUCAGAGCGUCCAAAUGAGCAUAGGCUCAGCUGAUAUCCUGUAGGGGUUUAGCAUCGUCCUUCUGCAAUCUGGCUUUCUUUAAGCGUCGCUACUAUCCAGGAGAUGCGGCAGGCUAAGCCGGGAAACGGGAGCAAUGUCUCAUGUUGGGAACCAACUCCCCGGGCAGACACCAGGGUAGAUUUGCAAGGGUUGAUACCCGAUGGCUGUUUCUGUGCUGCAUAUUCAGACUUAAUAUGUCUCCGGCUCAUCCGCUCGGUCUGGGCCUGUCCCAGAACCAGGGUGCCAAGGCUCUGCAUUGGAUUGGAUUUGGUAAGCGACUUACUGGGGAUCUAUUUUGUUUCUGCUUAGAAGGCUGCAGCCGUGCCAGAAAUUCGAAAGAUUGCGUUGUGGGAACGGAACGUCUGCCAUCCCUCUGACAUGGGCAGCUUGACACGCGUCUCUGCCAUUUUAGAUGUGGGUCGCCAUGACAGUAUCAUGGAGUCUUGGAGUCUCAGUAUUAAUAGGGGUCACAGGGUGAGGACUGGGAUUACCCCUACUCACUGCCUGAGUAGGCCUCAUCUCGGACAACGAGAAAUACCCCUCCAAGGGACUUGAACACAAUUUGCAAGCCUCGCCUCGGUGUGCCUUAAUGCAAAGGGCAUCAGCAGCCAGUCAUCAGAUCAGUACAAAUUCAGUGUUUAUGGGCUUAAAAGGUGAAAGAUUGCAGGAGCUGCUCUUUUAUGCAACUUUUCAUCAUGGCAGUCCGGCCCUGCCGCCAUCCCCCCCUUCCAAUGUACUUUUAAAUAAGUUUGUUGCUAUCAGGCUCAUGCAAAGAUAACUCAGAUAUACUGGUAAAGACAAUACAGCAGUUUCUAAAGGUAAUGGCAAGUCUACAAGUACGAGGUAAGUACGGCAGAACAAUUUUCUAAUUACCUUAGUGACUACUUUGCCUUGUGUAUUUUUCCUUUGCUUGACAAAACUUGUAGAGUUUUAUCUCUUCCAGCUCAUCGCGAGACAAGAUCUAUGGAGGUUUCAAAUGGUUUUGCUGGAUCCUCCAUAGACCUCAGUGUUGUGCUGUCUUGCACCCUCCAGAGUACAGCACUAAUAUAUUCUGUCCUCUGAAGCUCUAGAUGAUAAUAUAAUUUGCACUAAAGAUAGACUUGGACAUAAUGUGUGUGUUGGUAAAGUUAGGGAUCACUUCUAAGUGCAAACCUGCUAAAACGUGAAGCGGAACCAAUUGUGUCUAAAUUAUUGGCUAAUUUCUCAUGUUCUAGGUAAAUGGAACAAGUACAAUCCUUUUGCAAAUUGUUUAACAAAGGAACCAUAACAUGGAAUUGUCUUUUUAUUGCACAGGAUUGAGGACAACGAUGGAGAGUUUUUGUUAAUAGAAGCUGCUGAUUUCCUGCCUAAAUGGCUAAAUCCAGAAAACAGUUCAAAUCGGGUAAGAGAGCAAAGCAUCUUUCACUGCGGUGUACUGCCCAACUGCAUCCCCUUUCUUAUAGGUGUUCUGUUCUGAAACAAAAUAAUCUUUAUAACAAUACCCUGGGGUUUGAAUCGAGUACUUAUUAUUAUACAAGCUGAAAAGAUUAGCUCUAAAUGGCUCUCCAAAAAGUGCUUAGAAGGAAUAUGGCUGCUGAGCUGUAUCUUGCGUCCACAUUUCAUAACAGACAUUGUAACAUUUAUCAUUCUGUCUCAUCAGGUUUUUUUUUACCAUGGAAAACUAUGCAUCAUCCCAUUGCGCCAGACUGAUGAAAAACGAAACCACUCAGCAACCAAUAUAGACCUAACGCAAGCUCUGGCAUUAUUAUCUGCCCAUUCAGACAAAUUCUUGGCUGCUGAUUCUGUUUCAAAAGCUGUCCGGAGAAGGCUAGAAGGGUAUCUUUUGUUUUUAACUAUUUUGCAAUAUUAUUUAGUUUUAUACAUAGUCUUCUUUCAUGAUCCAUCUACAUUUGAUUUUUUUUUUUUUUUUAUCUUUUAAUUGUUUUUAUUUUUAUUUUUUUAUAUUACUAUUUUGUACAAUCUGAAAUAUACAAAAAAAUAUGGAAAUCUACUAAACAAAAUGUUUCACAUACAGCUGAUGGAAGUCAGGUAUAAGGUAUAAGUGUAUUUAUUCACUUAAGUCUUUAUUGUAGCUAAUUAAAAUUGGAACUGUGUCUUAGGUUAAAAUUUGACAGAAUAACUAUUAUUGCCUAGAGUUUGUAAUUUCCAUUUUACAGUCAGCUGAUGCACCAAGCAAUCAGUAGCUCCCUUUCAUAUAAACUGCUUGAAAAAUGUGCGUAUGGGGGGCAAGAUGUUCCGGGGCUGAAGCAACAAACAGUUUAACAGUUUAAUGGUUAGGAAGCAACAGUGACCUCCUAGCAUGAUAACAGCUACAUUUUGUUUAUAGGGACACUAUGGCACCCGGACCAUUUCAGCUCAUUGAAGUGGUCUGGGUGCAAUCUAAAACAUUGCAGUACCAGAUAAACUGCAAUGUUUAUAUUGCAGCACUAAGUCUGCCUCCAGUGGCUGUCUACCAGAGUCACUGGAGGCGCUUCCUGGAUCCUUACGGACUUUUGGUCUGGUUACUGAUGCUAAAGUCCUCACAAUUUGCUUGAGGACAUCCAGUGUCCACUAUUUCUCCAAAGGAUAUCAUUGAAUCAGUGCUUUAAUAUGGUGAGGCCUAAUGAACCCAUGGCACUCACCGCGCAUGUACAUUAGUGCCAGCUCGUUAAGACGUUGGAAAAGGCGGAGCCGAGACCAAACUCCAAGGGACAUUAGCGCUAGGAUCAGGUAAGUAAAUAGAGGGUUUUAAGUCCUUUAGUUACUGGAAGCGGAGGGAGUGGCAGAGGGUGCUAUAGUGCGAGGAAUACAGCUUUGUAGUUGUAAGUUGUUGUGGUGUCCAAACUGUUUCUUUAAAAUUAUAGCAAGAAGUGUGAACCACAAGCCGUUUGAUAGUGGUGUUAGGAGGUGUUCCAAUCAUAGAAAAAUUCUGAAAUGAAUAAAUUUAUUGGAAACCUGUGUUUUAUAUAAAAUAUCCUCCCUCUAACACUUUUAGAGAAGCCUUGGAGGAAAUGGCAAACCUCGGGCCAAAGAAAUUUAGCGUAUUAGCUACCAUUAAAAUCUCAGAUAAACCUGCAGGAAAAAUACGGUGUGCUAAAAACUAGAGGUGUUAUGGUUGUGUAGUACUUUAGGAAUAAAAUUAUUGAAUCCCUUCUCAAUCCUUCUAUGAACCCUGUUUAGUUCUUAAUGUUUGUCUACUGCAAAACCAAAUAUAUAGGUUUAUAGUUAACCCACCCUAGUCCAGGAUGAAUAUCACAUUCAAAUGUGGGUUGAAUACUCAUAAUUGAAAAAUUCUCCAAGCCAGCUAUUUAUUCAGCUCUACAGUUUUUUUUUUAAAUUAUUAUUAUUUACCGGUAUAUGCCCCUUGUAUCAGUUCAUAGUUGUGACCAUUUCUUGUGGCUUCAGCAGGGAUUAAAAAAAAAUGGAAAGAAACAUUUUAUUUUUUUAAUUUUUAAAUAUUUUUAAAAAUGUUUCCUCUAGGUACCCGGAUAAAAUUAAGGAUUCUCUGCACCGAGCCCAUUGCUUUGUUCCAGCUGGAAUUGCAGCUGUUCUAAGAGAGCGUCCACAUCUGAUAUCCGCAGCCAUUCAAGCUUUUUAUCUCCGAGAUCCCAUUGACCUGAAAGCCUGUCGUGUUUUUCAUAAUUUUCCUUCUGAAACACGAGUUCUUACAUUAGUAAGGAUACUUGGUGUUUUUUUGUUUUUUUUUUCCAAUAGAACAAUAAUGUGUAACUAGUUUUUUUAAACAAAUUUGGAACUGCUCAUUGGUUUAAAACAAAAAAAAUGGGUACAGUUGUGCCAAGUGUAAAACAAACGUUAAAUAUUUUUAAGGAGAAGAAAUUAGUGAUGUGUUUUUUUUUUUUUUUCUUUUUUUUUUUUUUUUUUCAGAUCUCUAAACUUUCAGACUCAUAUGGUUCUAAUUUACACAGAAAUGUAUCCCAUUUAUUUGAUCCCCUACACAUCUAAAGGACGCUUGUGUCACUCAAACAACUUUUAGCUUAAUGAAGCGGUUUUGGUGUAUAGAGUGAAUCCCUGCAGUUUUACAGCUCAAUUUUCCGCCGUUUUAGAAGUUAAAUCACUUUGUUUAUGCAGCCCUAGUCACACCUCACUUUAUGUGACUUACACUUCCUGUAAAGAGUAAUCUAAUGUUUACACUUACUUUAUUGCAAAUUCUGUUUAAUUUAGCGUUCAUGUCCUGCUCUGUUAAAGGACCACCAUAGGCACCCAGACCACUUCAGCUCAAUGAAGUGGUCUGGGUGCCAGGUCCCUCUAGGCUUAACCCUGCCUGCUGUUAACUGCUAUGUUUACAUAUGGGUUAAUCCAGCCUCUAGUGGCUGUCUCAUUGACAGCCGCUAGAGGCGCUUCUCACUGUGAUUUUCACAGUGAGAAGAUGCCAGCGUCCAUAGGAAAGCAUUGAGAAUGCUUUCCUAUGGACUGACUGCGCACGCGGCUUUUGCCGCGCAUGCGCAUUCAGGCAAUGACGUCAGAAGGAGGAGAAGAGUCCCCAGUGCCGAGGGAGCCCGGCGCUGGAGAAAGGUAAGUGUUUAACCCCUUCCUCCAACUUCAGCCCAGUGGGAGUGGGGCCCUGAGCGUGGGGGCACCCUCAGGUCACUAUAGUGCCAGGAAAACGAGUUUGUUUUCCUGGCACUACAGUGGUCCUUUACUAGCUUGCUAAAUGCUGCAAGAGCAUCCUGUAUGCAAUUAAAAUUAAAUUUACUGAGCAGGAUAUAAAAACUUUUAAACUAAGUGACACCUGAUUGAAAUUUAAACCAUUUUGUUUUCACGCAGGCUGUGUCAGUCACAGCCAGGGAAAAUAUGGCUAGGGCUGUAUAAACAGAAACAAAAGUGAUUUAACCCCUAAAUCUCAGAAAAUUGAGCAGUGAAACUUAAGAAGCAUGAUCUAUGCACCAAUACUGCUUAAUUAAGCAAAAGUUGUUUUGGUGACUAUAGUGACAAUUUGAAAUUUAUUUUUAUGAAGGUUCAUUUUUAAUCUCUUAAACCCUGAGCAGUCAUUUCCCUGGAUGACAAAUCAGUAAUAUAUAAAUAUCACUGUUGGGGUCUAUAUAUCCAUUUCUAUCAGAUAUCUCCAUUAACAUCACUGGUUUUGCACAAAAUCUAGUGAGAAAAGAGGUUGAAUGCGUGCUCCAUACAGUGGAGGUUUGAAUGGGGGGGGGGGGGGGGAGGGAACCUUGCUAUUUGGUGUCCAACUUUAAACCAGAUGUGUUAUUUGCUGAAAAAGAAAGAUGCGCCAUUCACCCAUAUUUGGUUGUAAUUUGUUAAUUAUUAUUCUGUUUUGUCUAAAAAUACUGAUGUUCUUAUAAUUCUGAUAUAACAAACUAUAAAGUAAUUGUAAAACCAAGUGUCAAAUUGUGUUUAACAGGUUACAUUCACAAAGUGUUUGUAUGCCCAGCUGAUGCAGCAGAAGUUCCAGCCAGACAGACGGAGUGGUUAUACACUUCCUGCCAUCUCACACCCACAGUACAAAGCACAUGAGCUGGGAAUGAAGCUGGUAACAUUUUGUUCUUUCUUUGUCUUAUGCAUGAAUCCGCCUCUGUUUUAGCCAUUCGAGAACCAAGAGAAAAAUCACUGUAUAAUAGUAGCACUCGGUGAAGUACAAAAAAAUAAAUACAAAAAUGUGUGUGUGUGUGUGUGUGUGUGUGUGUGUGUAUAUAUGUGUAUGUGUGUAUAUAUAUAUAUAUAUAUAUUUAUUUUUUUCCUCUGGAUGUGUGUGUCUGUAUGGAAAUUCUCAAUGUGUUUACACUAUCCCUUUAUAAUGGGCUAAUGGCUGUUUAUCAUAGGAUCUAGUGAAGAAGCUUAGCUAGUAAAUUCUCUGCUAUGUAUUCUCAUUAACAUAGACUAGACAGACCCAAAGAGUGUCUGCAGUAGUGUCAGCAUUUAUUGAUCUGUUUAUACAAACAGGACCCAUUUCAGAUCAAGGCUUUUAUCUACUCAGCAAUGUCCACUAUAUGGCAGAGAUAUAAAAAAUAAAUCUGUACCAACUCAAAUGCAAGAACACAAAGUAUAAAUAAAAUGUAGAAAGCAAAUGGCAUCAGUUAAAAGGGGUAUGUCAGAUUUUUGCUUGAUUAUGUUGCCUGCUGAAUUAGUUAGCAUAGUUAACAUAUUUAUUGCCUGUCUUUCAUAGGCUCAUGGUUUUGAGAUUCUUUGUUCGAAAUGCCCCAGGCCUUCAUCAGACUCUAAACGCUGUCCCUUACAGAGUCCUCUCUGGACUGGAUUUUUAAACACCCUGAAGAAAAAUGAUUAUUUUAAGGUAUGAACUUGGUAGAGGUUAAACAUGUAAAAGUUAUUUCUGGUCCAUUGUGUUGUGGUUUAUUUUGAAAAGGCAUAUGUAUGGGAAUAUUUUUUUAUUUUUUUUUACUGAAUCCUUUAAAUGACAGGUGGGCAGUUUUUAAAGGGGACACUCCAGGCACCCAGACCACUUCUGCACAUUGGAGUGGUCUGGGUGCCAACUCCCAGUACCCUUAACCCUGCAAGUGUAAUUAUUGCAGUUUUCAUAAACUGCAAUAUUUACCUUGCAGGCUUAAGUCCUCCUCUAGGCUGUCUAGUAGACAGCCACUAGAGGAGACUUCCACACGAAAAGUGGUUUAAAACGACGCUGGAUGUCCUCACGCUAUGUGAGGACCUCCAGCAUCGCUGAAAUCCCCAUAGGAAAGCAUUAUUCAAUGUUUUCCUGGCACUGGAGAAUCCCUUAAGCAUACAUUUAAAAUGCAUGAAUACAUUCCCAUUUGGAAUCUCCGAUACAGAAUUCACUUUUCUAUAGACUAUAUGAUUUACUCCUAAAGUUGUGAAAUCAAAUCCUGUUGGAAAGAAUUGAGGCUUAGAUAGCAAAGCUGUGACCGUAUUGAAGUUGCAAAACUUUCCGAAUUGCCUAUUUUUGCCUACAUUUUGCAAUUCAGAUUUGAAUUCAGCGUUUAGUGAGUAAAUCCUUUCUGUAUUGACCCCACGUGGGCUAUGUAAAGUGCUUUGAGGGUUAACUGCACUUCUAUAAAAGUUCUUAGUGGCACAUUCCAAGCUGUCAGCCAGAUAGCAGGGUUUCCUGCCUCACUCAUUUUGAAUGCCCAUUCAAAGUGGAAGGCAGUGUUCCUUCUAGGGAAGCACUGGGUUAAAGUGAUGAUCAAAAGCAGAUCGGGCUGUGUUGAGGAGACUGUCUCAGCUCUAGACGAAAGACGAGUUUAUUUUUUUCAUGAAACAGGGGCCCUAAAUGUAAAAAAUAAUGGAUCAUUUUUACUGAUGACGUCACGUUUAUUUCAGGGAGAAAUGGAGGGUUCUGCUUUGUAUUGUGAACUUCUUAAGAAGGCGGAAAUUUACUUCCAGCAAUCAGUGCUCAGGCCUGAAAGGUAAGCAGCAUUUCUUCACAUCUGUAAUUAUGGUACGAUCCUCUGGUGAGGUUUUUUCCCCAUCAAAAAUUAAAUGGUGAUUUGUUCACUGGUCAAAUCAUCCAUUUUGUCCUGACAUUCUGUUUGCGGAAUAAACCCAGGAAGCAUGAAAACCAUGACUAUUUGUGAUAGUGUUUAAAUAUGCAAAAAUGGUGAACAUUGGAAAUAAUAGAUAUGAUUUUGAUACAUGUAAUUAUGAUACUUUUAUACAUUAAGGUGUGUAUACAUUUAUAUACUUUUUAAAUUGGUUGUAUUGAAUUUAUAUGUGCUAAUUGGACAUUUACAAUAUAUUUCUUGUAGCUUUUUGCUAUUGUUUGAGAUUGGUACUAUACUAAACUUCCAGACUUUGCUUAAAUGCACACUCCUGGCAACAAUACAACUUAUUUUAUUGCAUUUUGGCCUCAUUAAUAUGCUAUACAUAUAUUAUUUAAUUGCAUUAAAAAAAAAGAAUGCUGCACUAUAAGCAUGUCUAUUUAGCCACACCCCCUCACUCCAGAAAAAGACUUCCUUAGAAGACGUAUGCACACAGUUCAGCCUACAGAACUACAAAGCAACCUGCAUUAAGAGAGGACACCCAGGAAGGCAUAUAGUAAGCAUAUCACUACCUGUUUACAGUUUCUCUGACUGUCUGCAGUCAGUUUGUGAAAUGAAAGUAGCUCACUCAGUGUUGUUGGAGCUGAAGACUGUGUGCAUACAUUUGAUAAAGUAUUUCUGGCAUGAGGGUGGUGUGGCUAAACAGACAGGGUUAUGGUGCAGCAUUCUGUAAAACAUUUAUUUUUGUACAAACUGUAAAGGUUUUAGCAUACAAAUACUGCAUAUUAAUACGGCAAAAAUCUAUUGAAUGCAUUAAAGUUGGAUUGGUACCUGGAGUGUCCGUUUAAAGUAUUCUUGGAAUCCUUUACCUCUACAGCAUAAAAGACCAGUAAAAGAAGAUUUACAAGGCCGGUGAAAGAACCUACAAAUGGGUUUUACAGUUGAAUUGUGAGAUUAUAAUGGCUGCAACUCCAGAAUGAUUACUAAAAAAAUAAUAAUUCUAUAAUGCCUGAAUGAUUGCUCGGUCUUCAAACAAAUAUGAAUUUGUAUGGGUUGAUUAAGGACUGCUUUUUAUAAGGCCAUCCCACCUGUUUGUUUAUGAUGGUUAGUGAAGGAUCUGUUAAUGCUAUUUGUUGUUUUCCCUAUACUUGGUUGGACUGCUAGCUCUGUAACUGAGAGCCCUGGUGAACAAGUGCUGUGCCUGCUGAAUACACUAUCCAUUAACAUAGAAGAAAUGAAGAGGAAUGAGGGGAAUCUGCCACCAGAUGAAGGUAAAUGAGUGAGGAAAACUGGUAACAUUUUUACUUCUGAGUGCAUACUGUUGUACUUUAAAAUAUUUAAAGGGCCUCUAAAAAAAAUAGAAUUAAAGGCACACUAUAGCGUUAUUAAUACAGACAAGCAUGCUCUCUAGGAGUAGCAUUUAAUUGAGAACCAGGUCUGACUCUUUGUAACAGAGGAAGCACCUCUGGUAACUGUCUGCAAGACUGCCUAGAGGCGAGAUGAAAACAAAAUUGUAUCUCUAAUACUAAAGUAUUCUCUGCCUCCACAGCCCCCAGCAAUGAAAGGGUUAAAUAACCCUUCUUCCCCCCCACUUACCCAAUUCCAGCGACAGUCCCUCCCCACUGGCUCCAUCUCCUCAGAAAUCAGCGCCGUGGGGGAACACAAUACAUUAGGCCUUCCCGAUAGAAAAAUAUCACUUCACUUCCCCAUUGGAAAGCACUGAAUCAGUGCUUUCCUAUGAGAUUUUUCAACACACUUGGCAUCCUAAUGCAAAGCGUGAGGACGUCCAGCAUUGUCCGUGAAGCCAUGCUUUGCUAUGGGAAUGGCCUUAUGUGUUUGCAGAUUUGUAUUCAUAACACUAUAGUACCCCUUUAACACUGCAAUGUAAACAUUACAUGACUAAGGUGGACAGGGACAUUUCACCCAGACCACUUCAAUGAGAUCAAGUGGUCUGGGUGCUUUUAGUGGACCUUUAACGUUGGCCAUUGUAGCAAAAGAAGGCAACGUACUAAUUAACAUUAAGGAAGUAGUCGUCUGCAUUUUGUAUAUUGUGUCUAGAAUUCAAAUUAAAGUCAAUCUGGUCAAAUCAUAUUUAUUUUUUUAUUUUAUUUUUUUUUAUUUUUUUUAAAGUCUGUAUUUUCAGUUUGGUUAUUUUGGCCUGAAAAUCUGAACUUUGACUUUGAAUUCCUAACAAAUCACACUUUCGUGAAUAAUCAUGACUAUAUAUAAUUGCUUUUUUCCCCCCUCAGUAUCUGAGGGUUUUCUGAAAUUCCAUGCAUUCGGGACUUUUGUUAUCAUACCACCAUAAUAUAAUAAAAAUAGAUAUAUAGUAUAGUUAAAAACAUAUUCCAAUGGGGGCGCCACAAUCACAAACGUGUGAAUAUAGUUACCAUACUUGUUACAGGUGUAACCAUGUAAAGAGAUGAUAAAAAAAUAAAACAUAUAGUGAAGUAUUUAAUAACACAGUUUAAAAAAUAAUAAAUACAAAUAGGUACACUCACAAAUAUAGUGGCACAAAAAAGACAUAUAUCUCAGUUGUGCUAAAAAGCUUGUCAGCCCCUACUGGGCUAAAUUCCCUUUACAGGUGGAUCAGACUUCCAAAGCUCCAGAUGAUAGUCUUCUCUCAGAUGGACUUUGAAAACAGCAAAUUUAGCAGAAUAGAGCUGUUUGCGAUCCCAAAUAUCUGUGGGGAUGCUGGCAGCUUUGUGUACAUUACACCAUAAUGUAAUGCCUUCUUUUAGAAUGUACCCAUACAUAACACAUAUAAUUGUUUUAAAGGACAGAUGGAUACAUAAUACAGUAUUACCACUAUCGUAAUAGAGCUCAUUAGGGCGUUAAAUAGGCGCCUGCCUACCGGGCUCUGAUUGGCUGUUUACACCAGGAGUUGGAGUUGUCAGGACUCCACUUCUUCUGGUGCAGUUGGACUGUGAAGUAAGUGUCUCUCUCCCUCCCUUUUUCCCCUCCAGCAGCAGCACAGACACAAAGGCUGGUGGGAAGCACUGCUUUACUACCAGGUGCUGCCGCCAUGCUUACAUAGCCAAGGACUGGCUCCCUCCUGCAUUCUUAUCUUUAAGACUGGGGGCACCGCUUUACCAUCUGGGGCUUGCCGUCGAUAGCUCUUGCUCCUCCUCAUUAGAAGAUUGUAUAAUUAAAAAUCUGAAUGCAGAGCUAUCUGCUUCAAUAUACAUGUUUUUCUAUUAAAUCAAAUUUUCAUUUUACUGUUAAAUGUUUUUUAAAAGUAAUCCUUUGGUGGCAUCUUGUGGCUAAACUCUCUUCUACACUUGUAAUUUGAGAUUAGCCUCAAAAUAGCCAAUUUAUUUUACUCAUAAAUAGGAAAAGGUCUAUAUGUUUUAUUCCCUAUAUAUGGUAUUGUGCACUUAUUUGGAGGUAGAAGAGCCAUAUACACAUAUUCCUAUACUUGAGUAACAUAUUUAGGGACAGAUUUUAAUACAUGUGUAUUUGACUGUGUCAAAUCUGGCACCCCACCAACGUGAAAAGUCACCAUCCGCUAUUGAAAUCAAAAUCUGUACAUUUGCCAACACAAUAUACGGAUUACAUUUUCUGCUCUUAUUUUAAAUUAGUGUGUACCAUGACUAGUACACUUAAACACAGUAUCGCUUUGCUAAUAAGUCAAUGUACAUGUUUUAGAAACUAUGUAUUAUUAUUAUUAUUAUUGGUAUUUAUAUAGCGCCAACUAGUUCUGCAGCGCUUUACAAUAUAGCAACCAAAAUCAUUAUAUUCUCUAGAAUUUCAUUUAUUAGUUUUGUUCUCCACAAGCCUUCUCAUCCAUGGAUUCAGCAGCAACAAAUGUUGUAUGGAAAGUAUGUGACUUAAUCAGAUAUGAACGAAAUCCCACUGCAGAGGGUCACUGUUGGUGCAUGAAAUCCAAUAAAAUUGCCAAUUUAUCUAAUUUCUGUACUGUCUGCCUGAUCACAUUCCCACUGAGCUAAUGUAUUUGGUCUGUUUAAGAUGACAGCUGGUUGAAUAUUUCUCCGGAAACACUGGAGCAGAUCUUACAAGAGGCUGCAGGCCCCAUGGAAUCUGUUCCUGCUUCCGCUAUCAGUGAGCAGAAAUAUGAUUUAUCCGAAGUGACAGAGAGCAUGAAAGCAUUCAUAUCAAAAGUCUCAUCACAUGAAGGAGCAGAGGUACCAUGGUAGGUUUUUUGUGUGUGUGUUUUUAUAUAUACACAUCACGUAUGUUUUAAAUGAUCAGAAACAUAACACUUUUUAUAUAUUAUAUUACAUCUUUGCUGUACUUUGUCAAUUAAAAAAAAUAGGGCCGCAUUAGAAACCAGUUUAUUUGGGGUGUUUUUUUUCUUUUUUUUAAAUUAAAAAUGUUAAUCACUUAUAAUAAUAAUAAUAAUAAUAAUAAUAAUACUAAUACAACACAAAAAAAACAAACACAUUUAAUCUGGAUUUGCUCUUCAUAUUUACUGAGGGCAAGUCCGGUUGAAUUUGGGUCAUUUCACCUAAAUGAGCAUAUCUCACUUGGUGCCAUUUCAUGUCAGGUAUAAAAUACUCACAUAUAGAGCCUAUAUAAACUAUAGGAUUUGCACAUUUAUCAAACACUGAAUUUAAAUUACAUUCCUUCUGAAAAAAUCCUGUAGAAUGCAAUUUUGUAUAAAUAAAUUCACCUGCAAAACUUGUAAAAUAAUCUGCAGUAUGUCACAAGCAGGCAAAGGGUUAAAAUAUUAAAUGAAUAAUAUUGAUGAUAUGAUUUUAAAUGCAUUUUGAAACAAAAUGUGAUGCUUGAAUUACAGUAUAAUGCCAUCUAUGGAGUUAACUCCCGCCCCACUAGUGAAUGAUCUAAAUUGGCCACUAUCUGCUUACAGAUUUGGUUUUGCCAAACUCUGUAAAUUUGGUUGAACUGGACUUUCAGGCAGAUAGUGGCAAAUUCUGUUGAAUUUGACCAUUCAGUUACACUUUUCCAUAAUUCAGUUCCAGAUAUUAUCUGUUGGAUUGCAUCUGGACAGCCUGAUAUCUGGCUGCUUUGCAAAAUAUAGCCAUUGAUAAAUCUAUUAUAUUUUGCUAAUCCAGACUGUGGGUGUUCUGACGUUUGUGAAUAACACUGUUGGAGACGUUGCAUCUGGUUGUUUUACCAGUUUCCAAAAUGUGUUUAUAUAUAUAUAAUCACCCCUGACUUUAUAUUUUGAACACGGGUAGCACCUAGGCCUUGUUUUGUUUUUGCAUCAGUAAGGAGAGUGCAAAGCUACUAAAUAUUGUGUGUGUGUGUGUGUGUGUGUGUAUAUAUAUAUUAUUAUUAUUAUUAUUAUUAAUAUAUAUAUUUUUUGCUUUUUAUUCCUUUUUAAUCCUCAUUCUUCCGAUUUAUUUAUUUUUUCCUUUAUAACCAGGGAAUUGCCUGAAACUCCAAUUACUUUCGAUCUAGACUCUUUUAAAAGAGCCUUGCAAAAAAUUUUGGGUAAGUUUUGAUGGAUUCCUUUUCUCUAAGAUUUUCUAUUGUUGAACUUUUACUGUUUAAUUUGGAUUUGAUGCUUUUAGUAUGGGAGAUAUAAUAUAUUAUAAAAGUGGAGCAUUGCUGCAAUUGUAUGGCCUUGCCCCAGAAUAGUGCAUGAAAAACAGGGUGAAUGCAAAUCUAUUUAUUUUUUGUAACAAAAAUCCAAUAAAUCAGAUUUCAGAUUUUUUUUUUUUUUUUUAAAUGUUUUAAUGAUUUAUUUUAAUAAAAUGCUUUUGGAGGUUAUAUAGUCCAAUAGUUAUUCAGCAUGAAACAGGGACUAUUUAUGUAGCAUGAGGCUGUAUGUUCAUGCAAAUAAAUUACAUUAUUACAAGUUAAUUGAACUUGUGGCUGUAGAGCAAACAUGCACCUUUUUUACAAUGAAAUGUUAUAAACAUACAAAGUUCAGAAAAAUACCUUAAUCCCAUUGUUAUUCUGCAAAUCUAUGUACACAAAAUGAACACCACCGUAUAGGGUUACUCCAACCACCAUGGCCACUUCAGUGAUUUGAAGUGGUCAUGGUGCUUCUGUAUGUGCAGCUUCUCAGUUUGAAAUUCUGCACAUUCUGAGAUAUUUUAUAUUGCUGUCAUGGGUUUAACUCCGCCUCCAGCUGUAGCAUUUAUCUGUCAUGAGCUAAGACAAGAGUUCCGGGCUGGCUAAUGUCAAUUCUAUGCAUAUUGUUUGUACAGAGGGUCAUUCAUUGGCUGAGAACACUCAGCUGACGCUCUCAGCAAAAAUGAAUGACCAGUGGAAUCUACAUCUACCUUAUGUAGCUCUGCAAAAGUCAGAUGCAUCAGAGAAAAUAUUAAAAUUAUGAGCAGCAAGAAUGAGCCAUUUAAAUUGAAUCUUUCUGACUAGUGAUUUAAAUCAAAUCCACCGUGGUGCAAAAUAUAGUGCAACAAAGCUUAACCGUUCCUCCAUUGAAUUAAUUGAUACCAAAGCCCUUUCUCUUCUUUAGACUGAAGCAGGCAAUUGUCAUUGUGUUUCUCUCCCUCCCCCCAAGCACAUUAGGUGGGUCCAAAAAGAACCAGGCCCUCUUCUGCAGUUCAAAUAAUGUGGAAGUUUCAUUCUGCAGUAUUCAGCCUCUGGAAGUGGUAGCAGUACGUUGAAGUGGUAUUAGAAUGGCUUUAGUGUCAAUUUUCAGGGGUGUCGAUUGAAUGAUUUGACAAUAGAUUUUGCCAAUUAAAUGUUUUACAUCUAAAUAGGUGGUGUUUAUGUAUUCUAUAGUCUUCUUGUGUUUAUACUAAUCAUUUCAUGUAUGGUUUUAAAAGUAAUAUUUACAAAGUUCACUUUAAAUCUUUAUCUACAUGUUCUUCUUCAAAUGCACUGAUCCCAAUUCAUAGGGUCUAGUCCAGAGGAGUUGGAUUCAGAUGAUCUAGACUCAGAAGAAGACUUUGAAUUGUUGGAUAGUGAUGAGGACGAGGGAAUACCACCUACAUCUGAAGCUUUAGGUAGUCUGCGGUCCUACAUGGAUGUUAUGGAUCAAGAAUUGGCUCAGACAAAUAUUGGGAAAAGUUUCACAACAAAGACAAAGGUGAGAUACAAUAUAUUUUCAUAUGAAACUAAGAGUUCAGCAGGGUGAUUUGUCCAUAUGGAUGGUAUCAGACUAUCCUGGGUUGGACCCUAUAAGUUAAGAAUAACAAUAACAAGGGAAUCCACCUAACAGUAAGGAUCUAUCCUACAUUAAAGGGACACUCCAGGUACCCAGACCACUUCUGCCCAUUGGAGUGGUCUGGGUGCCAACUCCCAUCACCCUUAACCCUGCAAGUGUAAUUAUUGCAGUUUUUAUAAACUGCAAUGAUUACCUUGCAGGGUUAAGUCCUCCUCUAGUGACUGUCAAUAAGACAGCCACUAGAGGGACUUCCGGGUUCUUAAAACACGAAAAGUGUUUUGAAUGGUGCUGGACAUCCUCACGCUAUGCAUGAUGACCUCCAGCGUCGUCUGAACCCCCAUAGGAAAGCAUUAAAUAAUUGAGGAGCGUGGGCGGAGCCUGACCCAGCACUGAGGGACAUCGGUGCUGGAUUCAGGUAAGUCACUGAAGGGCUUUUAACAUGGGAUUGGGGGGUGGUAGGGAGAUGGACACUUCAGGAUUCUGCAGUGCAAGGAAAACGGGUUUGUUUUCCUGGCACUUGAGAGUCCCUUUAAAGUAUGCUGAUCCUUACUCCGUCUGGGUGGGUGUCCUUCCUUGUUCUUGUUAUUUUUAGAUUACACACCAUGCCAGUGAGUUACACUGUGAACAGGAAAACCUGACUAGAUGGCACUAAGAAUUUUAGCUAUGCAUGUGUGUAUCAGAUAAUUUUGGAAUGCAUUAACCUUUUAUGUGUGCAUUUUCAUAACCCCCUCAAACUGGGAACCUACUUAAGGCAUUGCAGGAUUUUAAACUUUCUCUGAUAAAUAUCCCUGGAGAGAACCAUUAUGAUCACCAUUACAAUGGAAUAUUGGAGUAAUAACUGUAUUAAUUCCAUGAAAUGGCAAAUAUCCUAAAACACUUUCUCUUUUGAACAGAGACAGUCUGCAGAGGCAGGAACCUCUACAACCGACCAAGUUAACCCGGAGGAAGACCUUUCUACUGAAGAACCAUGCUUUGCCCCAGUGGAUGUAGAUUUAAAUCUGGUGACAAAUCUGCUUGAAUCAUACAGUUCCCAGGCUGGACUGGCAGGCCCCGCAUCAAAUCUCUUACAGAGUAUGGGAGUCCAUCUACCUGACAAUACGGACCACAACACACCUGCAGACACUAUCCUGCACUGAUUGAUCUAAAUCAUAAACUGUAGGUAUAAUAUUUAAGAGUUUCAAGGUGAACAUUUUCCACAAUCAACCUCAAAUGAAAAGCCCUUAUUUAUCACAUCUUAUCUCAAAUCAUACACCACAGUAUUAUUCACAACAAUGUAAACUUGUGAGACGAAACCGGUGAAAAGUCUUCAAAUGUAUACUAUCCAAACUCACUUUUUAUGUUCCUAGAGGAUUUCAUCUUGGUUACCUGACCCCUAUGUGCGUUUCUUUUUAAGGGAUCCUAAAUCUGGUAAGAUUUAAAUAUGAAGUUUCACACUGAGAAAAUGUGCAAGAUUCUCUGGGGCUUAAUAUUGAAUACACUUAGUUCUUGAAUAACAUCUCAUUUUAAAAGCUAUGGCUAUGUAUGUAAAAUAUAUUUAGUGCAGAUUAUGUAUAAAGGCUUUAGACACCUAAUCCUAUUUCUUCUGGUAACAUAUAUAUUUUCUCAAGAAAAGCAAAAGGUUCAAUAUAAUUUUCCUGUUAUUUGUAAUAUUUUUAUAUGUGAGUCAAUAAAAUCUAAAUAAAUACAUGCUGUGGUGUAGUAGUAUAUGUUGAAGCAGAGGGCUGAGCAUGAGUCCCAGGAAGCUUUGUUAACUCCAGGACUACUGUGUAGAAGUGUCAAUCACCCCAGCUGUCUCUUGUGACAGGCGCAAGGAAUUUGCUGUCUAUGGAAGAUCUUGUGGCAUGUACAGUGACC